AUGCCAGCUCGGGUUGUGCUUGCCCGGACAUUAUCAGAGUUGGCAUCCAGAGAGGACGCUCCAGGGACAGACUUGGAGACGAAGCUUCGCCGCGCUGCGGCGGAGGUUUUUCAGCGUCAUGGAGAUUCUGCCGUCGAUGAAGACUUGAUGGAGGCCGUGGCUUGCCAGGCUUGCGAAGUCUUGGAAGCCUACGAGGGCAAUGGCGGCCGCAGCUCGCAAGACAUCACGGAGGCUCUGGUCCAGGCAUUGGCGCCGCUGCUGGAGGAGGCCAGUUGCGGGGUGCUCGACGUCGUAUCAUCUCUGCUGCGCGUCGCCGAGCCGACGGAACCAGUGAAGGAGCUGCCAACACAGCUGCUUCUACCUGCUUCCCGAGCAGUGCGUCCAACCUCAGCGCACAAGGCAGCGAAACCCGCGAGUGGGCGUGCAGAGGCCGCGUACCGCAAGCGUGGGGAUGUUGAACGUGAGAGGGCCACCGAGUACCUUCUUGAACAUGCAGAGGAGGCCAAGCACCAGCAAGAAGCUGAUGCUGCCCGGGCUCGCGAAGCUGUAGACUUCCGACGAUGGCCUCAGGGUGCCGCAAAGGAGGAUGGCCUUGGCGCACCACCCCCUGCUGUUGGUGAGGCCGCAAAUUCUGACUCCGACGAAGAAGAGGACGAGAUCACGCGUAAGGACCGUGAGAUGACAAAGCGCCGUCUGCGCGAGCUGGGACAGCCGGCCACCUUCUUCGCCGAAACAGAUGCGCAGCGAUGGCGGAGGUUGCAGAGCUGCGAGUUGUCUCGGGACCAGGAUGUAUUGGCUGACGGAUCUACCAAUGUCAUGCAAAUCCUGGAUCGACGACAGCAGCGGGAGCGAGAGGCUGCAGGCGGAAUCAGACAAGGCCUCGACAUCGUUGAUGCAGAGGACGCUGAGUUUGCCACCAUCGAAGGCACUGUUAUGCGACACGAGCCCAACGACCAGGAUAGUGAUUCUGAGGAUGAUGGUCCCAAGCUCACCGCCAUCCUUGGAUCAGAGCCCGACGAACGAGAUAAGGAGCAAGAAGAGGCGCAGCGGAAGCUCGAUGCAGCUGCUCACGCGGUAAUGAGCUGGAUCCGCUCGAUGCUCCGAGCAUGGGAGGCGCAGCUCACCGAGAGAGCUGCUACCGAGGAGAAGCAGCAGCCGUUCAAAAGCGAGAAGGCUCAGUAUCGGCAAUCGAAGCAGUAUUUGAAGCCCCUGCGACGAGCCUUGCGAGAUGGCGAAGUCGAUGCUGGCGUUACGUUCUCAUUGGCAGAGAUUGCCGAACAUUGUGGCAAUCGAAGCUACCGGGCUGCCAAGGAGGCAUACAUGCGGUUAGCCAUCGGCAACCAUCCAUGGCCCAUGGGCGUCACCUUUGUGACAUUUCACGAUCGAGCAAAUCGCCACAAGAUUGGGGAGGGCGCGCAGGCACAUGUUCUGGACGAUGAGACAACCCGGAAGUAUGUUCAAAUGGUCAAGCGCCUGGUGACUUUUGCCGAAAGACGAUGGCCAAUAGAUCCGACCAAAGCCGAGUGA